AAAACUCUUCAGUCUUAUCCAAAGUUUGUGGCAAGAUGCGUUUGGUUUCUUUACUUCUCCUGCUGAUCUGCCAGGUCUAUGGCUACUCCUACCUGAUGGUGCUGCAUACGGGCUCCAAAUCCCACCAUACGGUGGGUGUGGCUUUGGCCCGGGGUCUGAUUGCGGCUGGCCAUGAGGUUACACUGAUUUCGCCAUUCCCCCAGACGAAACCACUCCAAAAUCUGAUCGAUGUGAACACGCCGAAUAUAAUCAGCGUAAUGGCCAAUCACAAGGCUCGAAUACUAGAGAAUGCCAAAUUGCCUGUGCUCCAUCGGUAUCCUCUUAUCCAUGGCAUGGGUCUGGACCUAACCGAAGCCCUACUUGCGGCGCCCUCAGUGCAGCAGCUGCUGAAGGAGCAGCGCACCUUCGAUGGGGUUAUCGUUGAGGCCUUCAUGAACGACGCCCAUUAUGGCUGGGCACCGCUAAUAGCCCUGAGCACCCUGGGAGCCACCGGCUGGACAUCGGACUUGGUGGGCACACCCUCGCCGCCCUCCUAUGUGCCACAUAAUCUGCUGCAAUUCAGUGACCGCAUGGACUUCACGCAGAGAGCCCAGAACCUGGGCUUCCAGGUCUUUGAAUAUUUCUACCAGCGUUGGUUCAACCUGCCACGACAGGAGGCCCUCUACAGGAAGUAUUUUGCGAGCAAUACACAGGAUUUUUAUGAGAUGCGACGGAGUACAUCGUUGGUUCUGUUGAACAAUCAUGUGUCUAUGAGUGCACCGCGUCCCUACGCCCCGAACAUGAUUGAAGUGGGAGGCAUGCACAUCAAUCGGCAGGCCAGGCAGCCUCUGCCCAAGGACAUUGGGGAGUUCAUCGAGGGAGCCAGGCACGGAGUGAUCUUUUUUUCUUUGGGCUCCAAUCUUAACAGCCAAGAUCUGCCCCUGAAGAAGCGGCGAGAGAUUGUGGAGACCCUGCGUGGCCUCAAGCAGCGUAUCCUUUGGAAAUUCGAGGAUGAAAACUUUCCCGACAAGCCCGAGAAUGUGUUCAUCUCAAGCUGGUUCCCCCAGGAUGAUAUCCUGGCCCACGACAAGGUGAUUGCCUUCAUCACACACGGCGGACUGCUCAGCACCACGGAAUCCAUCUACCACGGCAAACCGGUGUUGGGAAUACCCUUCUUUGGCGAUCAGUUCAUGAACAUGGCCAAUGCCGAGUUAGCUGGCUUUGGUAUCGCCGUCAAGUACCACCAACUCGAGGCUCCGCUCCUCCGAUCAGCCAUCGAACGUAUUACCAGUGACGCCAGAUACGUGGAAAAGGCUCGCGAAAUGUCCAGCCGCUUUCGAGAUCAGUUGGUGGCCCCCCUGGACCGGGCCGUCUAUUGGGUGGAGCAUGUUACCCGUCAGAAGGGCGCCAGGUACUUGCGAAGUGCCUGCCAGGAUCUGAGCCUCGUGGAAUAUCACAAUAUAGAUGUUUUGGCCACAUUCUUUGGGGGUUUGAGUUUGGUUAUCAUACUGUUAGUGGUUCUGGUACGAUUUGUUUUGGUUAAACUUAGGGCGAGCUCGAAGAAAGAGAAAGCUAAUUAGUCGGUAGGUUUUAGGUAGGAUUUAAGAGCUCCCUUGGCCGGAUAACCAUUUGCUUUCAGAGGGAGAUCUAGGACAAUGCUCAAUCUACAAAAGAAGAUAGGAAGAUGAAGGAUAGAGAUAGAUAGGAACCCCAAACAGGUUGGCCUUUGUAUACACCCUAGAGAUAGAGAGAUAUAGAGAUAUUUUAUAAGUAAUUUGGUUCUUAAAACAAAAUAUUCCUUAGGCUAAUCUUGUUGAAUAAAAUAUUUGUAAAAAAGCCUCCAAAUUCUUUACCAGAAAGACAUUUAUAGCACCUCAAUACACAACCAUUCUAAGGUUAAGGUCAAGAUUCUACUAAAAUCAGCUAAAAUCUGAAGAAAUUCUGAUUGAAACCGCUCGAAAAAGCAUGAUUCUCUCUCCAAAUAUAACUAAUAAUGGAAGAGACUGACUGGAGGAAGGCAACCAAGGCACUGGCCAUAAAUAUAAGAAUACAUAAGAGCGUGCAUAGCCUACAAAUAUUAUGUCAAUACCUAAAGAAAUCGAAUGAAUGGGAGAGCGCCUACAAAAGAGAGGAAACUAUGGAGAGUCUGAGAAC